CCAAUCGCCAUAUAUUUUCUACAGAAAUUCGAAAAAAUCAGGAAUAAUAAUAAUUACAGUAUUCUGAAAAAUUAAUGGGAAAGAGAAAGGAGCGCCGCCACGCCGCCCAUAGCAACGCCGGCCGUCGUUUCAAGCUCGAUCUCUCUGCGGAACCCUCUGGAGAUCUGGUUGGCUCCUCUGGAUUUGACGAAGGUGGAGGGGAUGUUGAUCCUACACAACAUGCUGGAUUACCCAGUUCACCAUCAUCUUCAGGUAAGCAACCACAAAAUCCCCUUUUGUUACUUGGACAGUAUAGUGAUGAUGAAUUGGAUGAAGAUCCAAAUAGUAGGCUAAACCACACCGAUGCCAGAAUUUCCUCUUUAGAUCACGAUGUUCAGGAGGGACCUCCUAGUGAAGGCAAAGAGGUAGAUGCCAAUGCAGUUGAAGAUCUUUCUGCAGAGAAAGGUGAAUUGCAGGAUGUGGAGAGAGAUUCUGCCCCAGCUGAUGUUUUGCAGAGUCUGGAAGGUGGUGGUUCUGGAGAUGGUGAUUCUACUGCCUCUACUGAUAAUGGCAAAGAAAUUGAUUUGGAAAAACAAGUCUCUGUUACAGCAACUUGUGAUGAACGGGUUAAUGGAGAUGUGGGUUUAGGAUGGAGGAUGGUAAUGCAUGAGGAGAGUAAUCAAUAUUAUUACUGGAACACUGUAACUGGAGAAACUUCAUGGGAAGUACCUGAAAUAUUGGCCCAGACAACUAGUUCGGUCUCUCAUCAGAUAGUACCUUCUGCUGAAAACAUGGAAAGCACUCCUGUGGAUUCAAAUCAGGCCAGCUCAACUUUCGGCAUUGAAUUGGAUGGUUCUUCUGCUGUAUUAACUGCGGGUGGCUCUGUCGGUGCAAGUUUUGUUUCUCAAAGCCAAGAAAUGCACGUUAAUGGGCCACAAAUAGAAGAGUGGGUUGAACAGACCAAAAGUGACUCUGUGAAAGAUAAAAAUUCUGCAGCUGGGGUAAACCAAAGUGAGUCACAGGCUAACUUGACUGCAGCUAAUGUUAUUUUAGAUGGUGAAGUGACUAAGGAUGAACUUGAAAAUGUGAUAGAUCUUCCAAAUAAUCUUAUGGGACGAUGCGAGUGUUUGUUGGAGAGACUGAAGUCGUUGGAAGGGUAUGGAGGCCGCCUGCAAUGUCAAGACCAGAUGUCAAAGUACAUUUUAGAAGUAGAUAUUAGACUUUCUGAUAUUAAAUCUCUUUCAUCAUAUGCGUCGUCUUUGCUUCCAUUUUGGAUCCAUUCUCAAAGGCAGCUUAAACAAUUAGAAGAUGUCAUUAAUAACGAAAUUUACCACCUUGCUGUAUCUGCACAAAUGGAUGAUGAUGUUGCUACCUCCGCCAGUUCUCCUAAUGAGAAAGAAAAAUCUUCUAUCUUCGGGCAUAACUCAACAGUUGGCACUGAAAACAAUAGGGAAUCUGCAUUGCCGAACUUCGCACCCACUGUUAAGUUUGAUUCGCAUGAUGACCUUAAGGCAGAGGCUAGACAUGCUGCUUCUUUGGGAUUAUCUGAUGAACAUAUGGAAAGUGGUGCUGCAGUCCAUGAAAAGGAGAAUGGGCCAGCUUGUUUAGAGCCUGAGUUCCUUCUGGACGACGACGUUGACAUGGAUGUUGACAUGGAAGUUGAUGAGGGAGUUUCAGAUAGCAUCUCAGCUCUGGAAGGUGCUUCAGGCACGGAGGUUACUGAUCCAGUAAAGCAAGAGAAUCAGCCAAAUAUACAUGCAGAAUAUGCAACUUUUCCAUCUGUUGUUGAGGCAACUCUGCCACUACCGCCAGAAGAAGAUUGGAUUCCUCCUCCACCGCCUGAUAGUGAUCACGUACCUCCACCCCCUCCUGAAAAUGAGCAAGUUCCUCCACCCCCACCGGACGAGCCUCCUGAAUCUUCCUAUCCUUUACUUCCAUCUUAUAUGGAGACAGGUCAACCCCAUACUUAUGCAGAACAAUAUCACUUAUCCUAUCCAGAUUCUGGUUUCCAAUAUUAUGGACCGCCAGUUGCUGUUUCAAGUAGUGAUUUAUAUGGAUGUGCCAAUGGAAGUCAAGCCGUGGUUCCCCAUGCAUCAUUAUACUAUGAAACAGUUCCCAUCACUUAUGCUGAUACUGCUCCAAUUAUUGUUAGCCCUGUUGAUCCUGUUGCAUUUUUUAACAUUCAAGAUGGUUCAUUAGCUCCUGCUCCCAUUGUUAGCAUCACAGGAUCUUCUCACUUACAUGCUGAAACCCAUCCUCUGGGUUACAGUACUUUUGCUUCUGAUCAAAUGAGAACUCAUAGUCAUGAUGACCCAGUGGAAGAACCCCGAAAAGUGGAAGUUGAUGUUUCAGUUGCUCGUGAGAGUGCUACAGCAUCUGGAGGGUUUACUUCCACUUCAAUCACUGAUACUCCUGCUACAACUAUUGUUCAAGGGAAUAUCUCUGCACUGCCAACUAAUGCUGUCACUGAUUCGGCAGCUGUGCCAGCCACAACGAUAGCUACUAAGGGUCAAUCUAAAGUUUCUCGUAUCAAAAAGCGGACUGUUUCUGUUGCAUCCUCACUGAGGUCUAAUAAGAAGGUCUCAAGCUUGGUGGAUAAGUGGAAAGCAGCCAAGGAGGAGUUGAAUGAAAAUGAUGAAGAUGAACCGGAAAAUGCUUAUGAGAUCCUGGAGAGAAAGAGACAAAGGGAAAUUGAGGAAUGGCAUGCUAAACAAAUUGCAAGUGGAGAAGCCCAGGAUAAUGCGAAUUUUCAGCCUUUAGGUGGUGAUUGGCGUGAACGAGUGAAGCGCAGAAGAGCUCAAGCAGCGAAAAAAGCUGCACAGGCACCACCUGAAGCUCCUGCUGCAGAAAAGCAGAAACCUAAAUUAGCUGAACUAUCAAAAGGACUUCCAUCUGGUUGGCAGGCCUACUGGGAUGAAGCAUCAAAACAGGUGUAUUAUGGUAAUCUGGUUACAUCAAAGACAACAUGGGACAAGCCAACCAAGUAGUUAUAAGAAGUUAGAUUCAGAGAUGCAUUUUCUCAUUGUAAUUAUGUACAAUUAGUUUUAAUGGAUAUUCCUGAGUAGAAUCCUUCCGUCCAAAUCAAAGUUGAUGGCUAUUCGACUGAUUAAA